AUGAACAGCAUUACUCAUUUUAGCCCUCCACAUGAGCUUAAGCGAGAGGAAAUGGUUAUACGGAGUUACGAGAAAUGUAAACUGUGUCAGCAAGAGGUUCUUCCAGGAGUGGUAUAUAGGUGUGAGAGACCUAAAUACUUCGUUCAUGGAAGCUGUGCUGAACUUCCAUGGCAUCUGAGGCAUCCCUUUCAUCCUGAUCACACUCUUACUCAAUUUGACAUCGCACCUGACUCCAAAAGUUGCAGUGUUUGUGGUGACCAUUUUGGGGGCUGCGCUUACCGGUGCUCUGAAUGUGAAUUCGUAUUGAAUCUUUCUUGUGCUGCCUUGACACCUUCCAGGAUUAGGGGUCCAGAACUUAAGAUUAAUCAUCAGCAUCCCGUUACUGCUUUUGACAAACCAAAAGACCACAAUGCAUGUGGUGUCCCUAAAAACCUCAUUUACAUGUGUCAGAAGUGUAAUUUUAGCUUGGACAUUAAAUGUGCUACUGCAAAGCACCCCUUAAUUAGGUCUAAAAUUCAUCAGGAUGAUCUUGCUUACUUCAACAACACAUCAGACAACUGA